CGAGGCCACCAGAUGGCAAUAACGUUUCUUAAACUGUGGAGCGCUGCCGGGAGCAGAAGAAGAAACGGCGUUCAUUCUUUUCACACAGCAUCAUGGCGGACGUUUUGGAUCUUCAUGAAGCGGGAGGAGAAGACUUUCCUAUGGACGAGGAUGGUGACGAAAGUAUUCACAAGUUAAAAGAAAAGGCCAAGAAAAGGAAAGGACGUGGCUUUGGCUCAGAGGAGGGAGCCAGGUCCAGAGUCAAAGAGGACUAUGAGAGCGUUGAACAGGAUGGAGAUGAACCAGGCCCACAGAGAUCUGUGGAGGGCUGGAUUCUGUUUGUGACUGGUGUACACGAAGAAGCAACAGAGGAGGACAUCCAUGAUAAGUUUUCAGAGUUUGGAGAGAUUAAAAACUUGCAUCUGAACCUUGACCGCAGAACAGGCUACCUGAAGGGUUAUGCACUGGUGGAGUAUGAAACUUACAAAGAGGCCCAGGCUGCCAUGGAAGGGCUGAAUGGUCAGGACCUAAUGGGUCAGCCCAUCAGCGUUGACUGGGGGUUUGUCAGAGGGCCCCCCAAGAACAAGAGGAGGAGUGGGGGGCGAAGGCGCAGCAGUCCAGACAGAAGGCGUCGAUGAAGGAAUUCUUACAAAUAAAAUGGUUAACAUUAUA